AUGGUAACGGCUUCCUUGCGGCAUGGAGUGACCAUCACUGGAGCUAUCCUGUUGGUGACAGGGACGCUGUGUUUUGCUUGGUGGAGUGAUGGUGAAAUGGGGGUCGUAACUAGCAGUGACGCCAAGAUUGUAACUCAUGGAGAAGCUGAGCCAGUGACAAGCUCUUCCUCUUCAAAUGCAGUUCUCAGGUCCAUCAGCUUCUUUUGCUGUGGAAUUGGUGGGCUCCUUCUCCUUUUUGGCCUCCUGUGGUCAGCAAAUGCUGGGAUCGUUUCUCGACGCUAUCAGUACCAUUUUUCCAGGGACCUUCAUUAUUCCACCGUUGAACCUCUAGAGAAACAGACCUGCAGUACCUGGGAAGCCAGCAGCAUUCCGACCUAUGAAGAAGCUUUGAAUUGCCAGCCUGCUGAAAAUGCCCCAAACUACACACAGUCUCAUGGUGUGAAGGAAAACAGGCCACCCUUUUAUCAAGUGGUGGAUGAAAACGAUACGUGGCAUGGCAGUCGUAGACGCAGUUCCUCAGAUAGUAUUUUGUUCCGGAAUGUUCUACCAAGGCUAGAGCCAGGAUCAUGGGAUGAAGCAAGCGUUGUUUGUGACACUCCACCUCCUAGCUAUGAGAGUGUCAGCUCGUGUGAAGGAUGAUCUAGGGAUCUGGUUUAUCACUGCUCAAGAAUCUCUAGAUUGCUGUUGAGUGCAUUCACUGAUAGCUGUCUUUUUCUUUAAUUAAUUAAUUGUGGAAAGGGAUAAAUAGCUAUUGAAACAUGAACUACUGUAUUGUCUUUUGUAGGAGCUGCUGCUAAAUUAUUGGAGAUCUGUCUCAACAUUGCUUUUUUAGUGUGUGGCUAACGUGUUGAUAGGCCUCAUAUCUAAAUGCUUUGGAGGAACCCUCAAAGUGUAUGGAUAAUUGAAAGGUGGGAAUUCUACUUACAUAGGGCAACACAGGUACAAGCUUAGGGCAGUGCACACAGUGAAUAUGAGUAAACUAAAUUCUGGAUAAAUGGGAUUUAGAAAAAGCAAUAUUCUGAAAUGUUUCUAAUUUAAAAAAAGAAAAGGUCAGCACUAAUGUUGGGCAUGACAUAUUUAAAGUAAUGUGUUGCUGAGCACUAAGUGGUGGUAUUUUGGAAAGCAAAGUUCUGAGAGCUAGAAAGCUUUUGGAGUUACAAGUAAUUUCCCUUUCUAAGCAAGGCAGCUACCACCUAGUCAGAAGGAAUCUCCUCUUCUUUUAAUCACUUAUUUGUGAAGCAAACACUGAGCAGGGAUCCUUACUCUUUAUUGGUUUAGACUAGGGGUGGCCCACCUGAAGCUCUCAGCUGUUGUUGGAUCACAACUCCCAUUACACAAUUGCAGCUGGAAAUGGUGGGAGCUGCAGUCCCAACAACAGCUGGAGAGACUCCGGUUGGCCACCACUGGUUUAAACCUCUUAAACAUAAGAACAGCCCUGCUGGAUCAGGCCCAAGGAUGGGUGCUGGAUCAAGUCCAGCAUCCUGUUUCACACAGUGGCCCACCAGAUGCCUCUGGGAGCCCAUAGACAAGAGAUGAGGGCAUGCCUUCUCUCUUGCUGUUGCUCCCUGCAACUGGUAUUGAGAGGUAUCAUGCUUCUGAGGCUGGAGAAGCACAAUGGACUCUGAGGCUUGACAGGAGAGGCUCGCCCACUGAGCAUGGCCAUACCUCUUUUGGACAAAGGACAGCCUGACUCCAAACUGCUUGUAACUUUGGGCUGGUUUGAGCAAUACUCAAAUCAGCCCUUUUAAACACAGAGGGAGGAGCCCCGCCCCCAGUGUGCUGUUUAAUCACACUUUAAUGUAGUAUUUAAACAGUGCAUUGAGGGGUGGUGUGGACAAACUGUCCCUCCCAUGUGAUUAAGCAGUGGCAGGACAGCAAGCUGAGUGGCAGGAAGACAUGUGCACCUAUGCUCCUCUUCCAUGCAUUUAAGAAGAUCACUCUCAGUAUUGUCUCAACUAGCCGUCUUAGAUUUUACUGUAGUCCGUGGACUUGGUAAUGCCCCUUGAAAUAUAUUCAGGUAGGACCUGAUCCCAUAGAAUCAGGAAUCUGAAAGAGAGCUGCAGGUCUUCUAAUUCAACCAAACUGAAGCAAAAUCUAACAGACCUUAGCAAAUGGAUUUGGCAUAGAUGCUGGAUGAUAGUAUGCCACAGAUAGAGUGAAGGAAUGAGCGGUCCACACCAUCUUUGAGGUGAACAGGGAUUUCAGAAUUAGAAAAAAAAGAAUGAGCCCAGCACACUCAAAUGCUAAGCAAAAUGUGGAAUGUCCUGCUGUUUAAUGUCCUCUUUAAAAGGUUAUAUGCCACAUUCCAGGUGGUUGAGUCUAUGGGCAAGGAUGAUACAUUGCUGCCAUAACAUGUAAUUACUGCUCAUCUAUGUAUGCAAUUGUAUCCCAAGAAGGAAGGGUUAGUCCCCCAGUUCACAUACUCCAGCUGAUGAAAGAUAAAUAUCCCAUAAAGCUGUUAUGUUGCAGACGAAGGCCAAAGUAUCCAUUAUGGGGAAAUGAGCAGCAAUCACAGAAAAGAGAAGAUUGUUUGAAAGAGAGAGAUUGCCUGAAAGAGAGACCUUAUCAUUCUCUUCUGCUGGUAGUCUAGGACCUGUUUCAGUUCAUCUCAACUGAGGAUCUUUUGGUUGUCAGUUUUCAGUUAACUGUUUCUGAGUCAGAGAGAGAGUAUUCAAAGAUGUGAACAAAAGCUUGAUAUUUUGUCUAACUCUGUAAAAGGCAUACAACAUGAAAAGGUGCAAAUUAAACAGUUUUGUUGAAAUGGUAAAUGAAGUGUUAGGAGGAAUUCCCUUUUGUCUAGAGAAGAAUUGACAUCUAGUGAAAGCAAGCAUGGGCAUAAUUUCAGAUUUCAAGGUGGGAGGCAAAGAGAUUUUAGUAGGGGGACGCAAGAUCACAGCAAAGUUGAAAGGGCUGCUUUGGGGUAUAUUCAUAAUUAAAUUGAAAAAUAUGCUUGUGUGUUUGUAGUCUGAAACAUGGGAACCGAGGUAGAUACAAUUGCCUCCCUGAAAACAAAAUGCUUUUCAGUUGAAAAGACAAGUGAAGCUACAGAGAAUGUGUCUAUAUUUGGAUUCUAUGAGGACCUUGAAGAGGAGAAUGAACAGCUUAUUUUCUUAGGGUGUUUCUCAUUUGUUGGCUUAUGGGGGAGUAUUAGAACUGAGUCACAUGUUUAUUUUGAGGGGAUGAAAGUCCUCCAGCAAUGACUUUACUGCUUCAUUUUCACAUGGGAAGUUAUUUGUCUCCAAUUGUGCCCACAUGAACAUCUCCAGUGCUACGUAAAAGAAGAACCCUUCAGAAUUAACAUUUUAUCUGACUAAAUGGUUAACUUGGAAGACUUUUACAUGGGAACAAUUUCAGAUAAAUGGCUCUCUGUGUGAAAAUCAAGUUGCUACAGUCAUCAUUGGGAGGACUUUAUCCCAUUUAAAAAUCAGUCUGUGAAUACAGCAGUCUCUCUCUCUCUCUCUCUCUCUCUCUCUCUCUCUCUCUCUCUCUCUCAAAGAUGUAAUGGCUAAGGGUGGAUUUUUCUUCCUUAGCAUUUCUUAUCCUGUUUGACCUAACUUCAACCCAUUACUCUUUUUAUUUUCCAAAAUUACUAACAAUCUGUUUACACUUACAAAAGGCUUCUGAUUCUUAUCACAGAUAUUUGCUAGUAGUCUACAAGUAUCUUUUAUAUUAAUCAUUAAUCUUAUUUUAUCAAAUAUUUUAUCCCUUGUGUGUGUAUAAAGUCAGUAUGUGACUAAAGAUACAAAGAACUGCCAUCUGUUCCCCCUUCAGCAAAUACCAGUGUUUUUACCAGCUGCAUAACAGGUAGAAAUUCAGCAAGUAUUUCCCAAUGACUGCAGCUCCAUGCUGGGAAAAGAGCCUGCCAUGAAGGCACUGGCCAGGGGCCAUAGCGCAGGGUGGGGGGAACAUGUGUUUUGCGUGCAGAAGAUCCUAGAUUCAGUCUCGGAGACCUUGAAUUACAAGACUCUCAAGGAGAGCCAGGAAAGACACCUGCCUAAGCUUGGAGAGCUGCUGCCAGACUCAACUCAGUGCAAGGCUAGAUUGAUCAAUGGUCUGAGAUUCAGUAUAAGGCAACUUCAUAUGUCCAUAGGAGCCCUGCCAGAAAAAAGGCAAUACAUUUAAAGAUUAAAAGUUGCUGAAAUAUUGUCACUCAUGUGGCAGCUGUUCCUACACAGGAGGCAGAUGCAUAUUUACUGUAUAUGCAUCAUCUUGAUUUUAAUUAUCGCAGUGACCUAGGAGGAGGGCUCCGCUCACAAGGAUGACCUUGCUGCACAUCUGCAGGCUGCUGCUUUGCUCACAGUGAACACUGGCCCUAUUAGCCAAGGCAUGGAAAAAUUGUAAGAAAGAAUAACUCAUUUAUUACCAUGGCCCUCCUAUGCUGUGUGACCAGAUGGAAAGCACAGCAGAUGUCUAUCUUCUCUUGUGAUGGAAAGCCACAGAGCUAGACUGAAGGCUAGGGCUUAGCUACAUGCAAAUGUUUGUUGCAGGCUUUUAGGGCCUUUUAACAUUCUGCAUUUCAGUGUUUGUCAUUUAUAUUUUACCUGAGGAAGGGUUAACUGGGUAGGAAGUUUAAAAUGUACUUUUCUUGGAAUAUUUUAAGAAGACAGGGCCAUGGAAACAGGAAGAGUCUGCUAUAAGAACAAGGUUGAUACUUUUUCUUUGUUUCUGGCAAGGCUUCUGUGCCUUGAAACUACUCUGUGCCAAAUCAAAAUUCAAUAGAUGAAGCAUCCCAUCACUACAUCUCCAUAGUAAAUGACCCGCUGAACUUUCAAAAUCACACAGCUAUUAACAGCGUUAUUUAAUAAUUCAGAGUAUAGGAUAUCUCUGCUUGCUGUUUCUUGUCAAAGAACAUGUAACUGCUAGAAAACUGAAUGUGGGUUGCAGACAGAGGGAAAGCUUGAGGAGCAACUCAAGGAGGGAAGGGGAGACUUUCGGAGGGCAGAAAAAUGUUUUGACCAUUGAAAAUGCAGAAUAUUAGGUUUUUGUGAGAGGAGUUAAUAAAACAAAGGGGGAACUACUCAAAUGCUUGGGUGUGUGUGUGCGUGGGCAGGGAGAGGAGAGCUGGUCUUGUGGUAGCAAGCAUGACUUGUCCCCAUAGCUAAGCAGGGUCUGCCCUGGUUGCAUAUGAAUGGGAGACUUGGUGUGUGAACACUGCAAGAUCUUCCCCUCAGGGGAUGAAGCCGCUCUGGGAAGAGCAGAAGGUUUCAAGUUCCCUCCCUGGCUUUUCCAAGAUAGGGCUGAGAGAGAUUCCUGCCUGCAACCUUGGAGAAGCCGCUGCCAGUCUGUGAAGACAAUACUGAGCUAGAUAGACCAAUGGUCUGACUCAGUAUAUGGCAGUUUCCUAUGUUCCAGGGGCGGGGUUAGGAUCUACACCCUGACUGAACAGAAGAAAUAAUCAACUGAAACUUUGAUUUGACCAACUUUGUGAGAGAGAUGGAAAAAAACAAACUUUCCAGCAAUAUAGUCUUGUUCUGGUACAAAUUAUUGUAAAAAACAAAAGUUCAGACUGCACUGUACAGGGCAAGUGAACAGGCUUAUUUUCCAAGAUAGGCUAAUCAGAACACCAAAGACUUGAAGAUAAAGAGAAAUCAAUCUUAAGGAUGGGUUAUCAGUUUGACAAGAAUUACUGUACUAGGGUCAAUUAAUGUGAUCAAAUGAGUGUUUUGUGUAUGGAAGGAAUCCUGGCUGAAUUCAGAAAGUGGUGAACCAUAACUGAGAGUAAAAAACAAUAAGAUCCGCACCAUAUUAAGUACAAACCAUAUAAUGAAGAGUAUGUAACAAAGUAAUAUAGUUUUAUAAUCCAAGGUAUUCUCAACCUGAUAUACUAAAAACAGCCAGCUUACUAUAUCAUUCUAAUCAGAUAAAGAAAUAUUCUAAAGUAGUGUCUGUAAAAAGUUUCCAUCUUUUUACAAACGCUUAAUAAGUACAUAUGUAAAAAACUAAAAAAAAGUUGAUACAAAGGCACCUUAUCUCAAAUUAACAUAUUAUAAAAAGUCAAGCAAAAAGCUUGUAUAAUACUCACAAUGUGUAGAGCCACCUCUGUUACGUCUAGAAAAUCUACUAAGAGAACCAACUUACUGUAACAUUCCAAUAAGGUAAAAAACUACUCAAACACCACUUUCCUCAAGCACAACUUAUAUACCAGCUGGAAGUCAGUAGUAAUUCUGUAUCCAAAGGAUAAAAGUUGUGUUGCCAACGAUUUAUAUGAAACAUGAUUACAACCUAGAUAAUAAAUGAGUUGUAUAUUUCUUGGAAGAUUGGAUUCUGGAGCAUCUGGACCAGUGCUGUCAAAUUUAUGGAACUUUUCUAAGACUAAGGUCCACUUGACCUUGAAACGGAGGUCACCAGGAGCAUUUCCAGAUGGGGCUUUUAGCUCACUUCUCCUCCAGAAUGGAGGGUAUGUGUUCACAUAUCUUCCAGAUUUACCCCAAAGUCCCUGUGAGCUAUUGGGGAGCACUUCACACACGAUUUGGGUUUUCAUUGCACAUUAGAGCGUAGUCCAAUUUAUGUCUGGGGUUAAAAAAAAAUCCACUUUCUGCUUCGGAUUCCCCCCCCCCCCUUUUUUGGAAAUUCAAACUCUCAGUAAAGCCUCGCAGUAAACCCACGGUAAAGCCUGCUGUCUGGAAAUGCUCCAGGUCACCAUUGUGGACUUGUCGACUUGUUUGAAACAGACUAUAUUACUUUCCACACAAUGAACUUCAGUAUUUUCCCACUGCAAUAAAUUUAGCUUUACCAAUGUCAUUUCCAAUUUUCAUCUUUGGUUGAACUUUGGUUCUAUCCCCUGUUGACAGUAUCUUUGAUUAUAAAACUACACCAAUUGGCUCCACACUCUUCAUUAUAUGGUUUGUACAUAAUGUGGUGGGGAUCUUAUUUGCUUGAUAGAAGAGAUCCCAGUACAUAUUAUUUAUCUUUGGCUGAAACAUCAUUGUGACCAUUUCACAAUACGCUUGGCUCACAACUCGGCCACCUUGGGUAGUUUUUCAGUGGUACGGUAAAUGUGGCUUGAACUGGGAGGUAACGCCACCUAUUGAACUUAGCCCAGACUUGCUCAGUCCACUUCUGCAGCAUUCCAAUUUUGUCAUGUUAACUCGCCUUUCGAGCACAAUGUGUUCUUCUUGUUUGGCAGUGGCUUGGAAAUAAUUGUUAUUUAUUUUUCUACUGUGCUGUUUAAAUUUCACUGUGCUCCUAAAGAUUGAACAGGGAAGAGGAAAGGAUCAAGUGUGUCAUUGCUUAAUUCUUCUGCUAAUAAAUAUUGGAAAUGA